AUGCCGGCCACUUGCCACGCCGUCGUGGGCGGAGCUCGCCGCGACGGGCGCGAGCACGGGCGGGCAUGGGCGGGGACGGAGCUCGGGCGAGGCGGGCAUGGGCGGGGACGGAGCUCUAGGCGGGGACGGAGCUCGGGCGAGGCCGGAGGCUCUCCCUCGCCUCUGCGGCCGCGCCGCGCGGGGCUCGCCUGCCAGGACGCCGCCGAGGACGGGCACGGGCACGUGCGGGGCAGGCCGCGUCGGCCAAGGGCGGGCACGGGGCGGGGGCGGGCGGGCACGGGCGGGGCGGGCGGGCACAGGGCGGGCGCCGCCGGCCGCGUCGCCACGGGCGAGGCGGGCAUGGGCGGGGGCAGCGCUGCCCCGACGGCCACGGGCGGAGCGGGCGGGCACGAGCGGGGGCGUCGGCCACGGGCGGGAGCGGCCACGGGCGGGGCGGCGCCGGCCCGGUCGGUGACGGAGCGAGUGCGGGUGCGCACGAGCGGCGCCGGAGCCGGCCGCGUCGGCACGCGAGCGAGGCGAGCACGGCCACGGGCGGGGCCGGAGCCGGCCGCACGAGCCACGGGUGGGCGAACCUGGCCGCGGGCGUUACCUGCCAGGACGCCGCCGAGCUCGUCGCCGGAGCACGGGCGGGGCAGGGCCGAGCUCGUUGUGCUGUGCUGUUUCUUGACCAAGUAG